AUCAUUCAGUGUUUCAAUUUUUGAAUUAUAACACUAAAAUUAUUCCCGUGUUUGCAAUUGAAUCACAAGCGAUUUCAUCAAAUUUUCAAACCGCUCAUUAAAUCUUCAUCAUGAUUCUUAAUUUAAUUGUUUACUGUUUAUUUCCAACAUUCAUCUCUUGUACUGUCAACUGGGAAGAUUGCGGUCAAGCUGAUAGGUCGCUAGUCUUUCACAAGAUAAACUUUAAAAGUGACAAAAUCAUCAUCGAUGGUGAUGAGCCGAUCCAAGCUGAAGUUGAUUUUUCUGUGCUUGACCCGUUCGACUAUGAGGUUACAAUGAGCGCUGAACUGAGACGUUACUUUAAGCUUCUGUUUAUCGAAAAAAGCUUCAAGGUACCUUGUAUCAAUGACGCUGGAAGCUGUUCUGGUUCAUUUUGCUAUUUCGUACAAUCCUAUGCAAACCUAGCUCGUUCCUUUGCUGAUUCACUUCAUGCACCAUUCAACUGUGCGAUGGAGAAAGGCCGUUAUGCAGGCAACAUCACCUACCCAAUACCGACUAACGUAUUCAACAAAAUUCCGUCGGUGAUUACAAAAAAUCUCUCAGGUAAAUAUGAACUCGUAAUUCGCUGGUACUUUGGCGAUCAAGAAGCAGGUUGCCUCGCAAUUGGAUCAGCAUUACAAAUUAAUCCUUAGAUUAUUCUUUUGCCUAUGCUUUACUUUAGUUGAAUUCAUCAAAAAUAUACUUUAAUUUGCAAUAAAAUG